AUGAGAUUGCACUGGGUUCUUUUCAAAACAGCCACCUGGUAUUCAGACCGCCCAAAGACCACAGAGGACGAGCGACCUACAGUGACUUUGAAGGAUUUCUGCAAUCCAGCCACCAAUCCUGGUCAGAAGGUUCUGUUUGAACUUGUGCAAUUGCUCAGAGACCCGGCCCGCGGUUUUUCUGCAGUGUGUUUUUUUUUCGGCAGAUUCCAGGAUUGGCCUCAGGCCCGGAAGCGCGUAGCCCUCAGAUCUGUCUUGAUAGUGGUGGGGCAAUUGGUACGGAAAAUCAUUGAGCCCUUCAAUACGUACCCAUGGCAGUUGGCCACUUUGGCCGACCCUGAUUCAGACGAGCGUAUUCGGAGGAUCUGUGCCCGGGAGCUUUUUCAAGCACCCCCUUGUUGUGUAGAUUCAGGCUGCAGUGCCAGGCUUCGAGCCACCAGUGUGGAUGCUUGUGUCAGUUCUGAUUUCAUGGAAUUUUUCCAGGUGCUCUUCGAAAGGGUUGUUUUGACAUCUACGUUUGUGGAGCGUAGGUUUGCCCACUUCUCUCAUUGGACUGAUGUGAAAGGUAAAGGCACUUCUUUGUGCCUGUUGGCUGCCAAGCAUGUCACACGAACAUUUAAGGAUGUCGUGGAUCUUUGGAAGAAACGUACACUUCCAGAUACUGCCAGAGGGGGUACUACUAAUGCCAGUCGUCCAUCUUGGUGCCGAAAGUCCCAGGCAGCAGCUCGGUUGAACGGGUAUCACAUGUUCAGCCAGGACAGAGCAGCAGACAGGGAUCGGUCUUGUCAAGGAGCAGAGGAGUCCGCAGCAUUCUUGGAUGAUGCUUUGCAGGCAUGGCGUGCUUUGCCGGAGGAGGAGAAGCAAACGUGGAGCCAACGGGCUCGAGAGAACAAUGCCCGCAAGUCUGCUUUGCAGAUGGCUGCAGCUGCAGAAAUGCCUCCAGAUGUUCCCGGCGGGCCUUGGAAUCUGAGCGUUCCCUCAGAACAGUGGCCUUUGUCUGAGAAGUUCCUGGGUGAAUUUCUGGAAAGUUGCGGUGGCUUCUCUACUGCUCGGAAUCACUGGGCCAAUGCGGAGCCAGUGAGCGUGUAUGAGGACAUCGACGUGCGAGACAACAGGAGCCUGUUCCAGGUGUGCCCUCCUGGCGGUUGUACGUCUGCGCUUUCUCCAGCAGAGUUGGCGUGUUUCCAUCGGUUGCACACAGGUUUGUCAGUCCUCAUCAAGAGAUUCGAUCCAGCAAAGAAGCAUAUCAGCGAAAUGCCGCUCACUCUCCUCUUUGAGUCACAGCAGAUGGGGGUUGGGGUGGGGGCGAUGCUUUGUUUUCGCACAUACUUGCACAACAUCGAUGCUCUUCUCCUAAGACUUGAUCCAAGCCUCGUCUUCGACGAGAAGCCGCCUUUCGACUUGCGAAUUGAGAGACCUGCCGGAGGGCGCAAGGCCUUGUCGUAUUGGAACGACAUGUCUCUUUGUGUGGAAAUGGCCAGCGUUGCUCAGGAUUGGGUUAUUAGUCGAUUGGCCUUGGGGGACUUGCAGGGAGGCUUGCUUUCUUUCAGGGUGGAAGGCAAGUUUCCGCACGACCUUGAGGAACUCUGGACAGCUGCGCAGCAACUGAAGGAACAGGAACGUGCUCUCCGAGCCCUUCGACUAUUGCAGAGGGCCGAACACCAAAGGGCUAGGCGUGGCGGGGGAAGGGGUCGGGGACGUGGUGCCAGGGCUGGUCGUGCUCGUGGUCGUGGACGUGCAAGGCAGCGUGCAGUUCCGGAUGAUGAUUCCAACGCUGCCUCCGGAUCGGGCUGGGAUGGUGAUAGUGAAGGAGACAAUCCUGAUGACGAUGACGAUGGUGAUGAUGCAUGGAUGUUGAAUCCACCAGGCUGUGCCGAAGCAGCACCUUCCACUGUGCAGGCAGAUGCCUCAGAGGAGCCAGACCAAGAAGCUGCGGCCUCGGGCCUGGCAGAGGAGGUGCCACCUCCUGCUCCUCCUCCUCCUCCUCCUCCUCCUCCUCCUGCGCAGAGAGGCCAACAACGGCGACCUCGCCACAACCAACGUCGGGGCGUCCCUUGGGGCCCCUUCGAGUUGGCGCCCAUAGUGCCUCACCAUGGUCGAACGACUGGUUGGGGAGCAAUUUGUGGCCUUCAUCGAGACAGGGGGGAAGGAGCAAGCACGACCCAAUGCAAGAAGGCCGUCUCUUGUGGUGCCAUGGACCAAGCCACCUGCCUCUUGAGGCUUAAGCGCUGGCUGUGCGCAGGCUUGGAUGAUGAUCUGUGGCCGCCACAGCGGAAGCGGAGCCAUCAUGUCUCAAUGGGGGGUCCAGGUCUGCUUGAGUUUGCGGACGGAUUGUCAGAGGAAUACAUGGAUGAGAUCAUCCAGAACUAUGUACGAAACCGCUAG